UAGUGAGGAUUUAGGGUUUAAGGAUUUUUGAUUGGAGAGAGUGAGGGGGGGAGAGGAAGAGGAUGAAGUCGGUGGUGGGAAUGGUGGUGUCGAACAAGAUGCAGAAGUCGGUGGCGGUGGCGGUGGACAGGCUGUUCCACCACAAGCUCUACAAUCGAUACGUCAAGCGGACCUCCAAGUUCAUGGCUCAUGACGAAAACGACCUCUGCAACAUCGGCGAUCGAGUUAGAUUGGAUCCGUCGAGGCCGUUAAGUAAACGGAAGCAUUGGGUUGUUGCUGAAAUUCUCAAGAAAGCAAGGAUAUAUGUGCCUACAUCAGCAGGGGAUAGCGGUGCUUCGAAUACUGCUGGGAUGAAAGCGUCGGCUUCUUCGACCUCCUAAGUGAAAGUUUGCUUUAUACAUCUGAAAGUGACAGUUUGCUCAAGGCAUCUAAAAGAGUAAGGUGUCUUGGAUUGGGAUAGCAAACUACAACAUUUUGCUUAGAAUAAGGCUGAUAGCUGAAAUUAAAGAUUGUUGUUUGUGUUUGUUCAAAUUUUGUAUGUGUUUUAGAAAGAUGAACCUUUGGUUACUGAAACAUAACUAGAGGAGGGAUUUAUGUCCUGUUUUGUGUUUUAUUUCAUCCAGACAUAUUUGAUAAAUCAUACCUUCUAUCAUUAACAAAAAUCCCAUAUUGAUGAGCUA